AUGACCGGCGGCCCUCUCGCCGUCGCGCAUCUCCGCGCCCCCACCCUCCGGCGGCGGCAGCAGGCGCGCGCCUGCCCGACGUUGGCGGCGGCACCCGGUGCCUGCUGGCUGCCUCACUUCCCCGUCAAGAACGUGCCGCUGCUCCUGCCGCCGCCUGUGCCGCCUCUGACGCCCCACUCCACCCGAGCACGCCGCGCCCCGACGCCCACAACGCGAUGCACACUCGCCCCCAACCCUGCCGCAUGCGUGCCUCCGGCCGCGCCGGCCAGCUGCCCGCCCUACACAGCCUCCCUAACCCCUCCUCCCUCUCAAGGCAGCCCGACCUUCCUGCUCGCGCCCGCGCACCUCCGUCGCCUGCCAUUGACGCCGGCGAGCAGCCCCUACACGUCGCGCCCCCUCCUCCAACCUCCCUCCACCCUGGCCGACCACCGGAACCGACUCCCCACCUUCCACUCGACCUUCCCAAAGCCGUAUCCCCACUACUCCGGGGACUCCCCUCGCUGGAACGCCCUCGCCGCCGCUGCGCCGGAGUGCUGCUCCGUCGAGCUCCCCUCUUCGGCCAUCCCCGACCCCAAACCGACCCAUCAAGAAGUAGCUUGCAACCCCCUUGUGCUCCUCCACCCCUCCCCAACCGUCGGGGAGCCUCGCUGUCGCCGGAAUCCGGCUGUCUAG